AUGUAUCUGCGAUUUUCAACUUGCUUGUUCUAUCUAUUUGACGGAGAAGAAGGGGGUUUUAAUUGCAGGAAAUCAAUGUCACAGAGCUCUCCCGAUGCUAUGGAUGGACCUAGGAAGAAGAGAAACUACUCUAGAAAGGGAUGCAUCCCAUGCAAGCAGAAGAAAUGGAAGUGCGAUGAGCAGAAACCCAGCUGUCUUAAUUGUCUGAAAAAUAACAGAGAGUGUUCUUAUCGCCAAAUACUCAAAUUUGACGACAACCGAUCCUUCACCUUGAAAGGCUCUAGGCUUGCCAAUUUCAAGAACGUUCACGUUGUAGAAAAAAGUGUGAAAUCAGAACUUGGUAAAAAGCAAGACGGGCAACAUAAGUUUUCAAAAUUAAACGUUAUACCUGUCUCCAAACCUUCGGACGACCCGUUUAACUAUAAAAUUCCACGUGUGGUUCAGAACAGUGACGAUGUGGAUGAAAACAUAAUCAACCCACUUGAGUUUUUCAGCAGUACCAAUACAGAUGUUGGUCCGGAUAAAGUGCAACCCUCAGUGGCCCAAAUGGACAGGUCUCCGGGCAUUAUCUCACAAUCAGAUAUGGAAAAUACUUUAUUCGAUGGAGCAUCCAAUCUAAUUACAGACCUGAACGGUCUUAUCAAUUCCUUUCAAAUGGAUUUUAGCAGUCUGGAUUUUGAGAACCAAUUCAAGCACUAUUCAGGAGUAGAUAUUGAAAAGAAACAACAACAACAACAACAACAAGAUAAUAGCUCAAAUUUCCACCAGACAUUCACACCAUCACUUUCCCAAAUUAGGUUUGAAGGUAUAUCUCCAACAAACUAUUCUGUCGAAUCUUUAGAAACGAAUUACUCGAGAGUUACAUCAGCUAACUCUCUAGCAUCACAGAAUAACCUGAUACCCGAUGUCCAUACAAGUUCACAAACUAUACGUCAAAUAUCAGCGGGAAAGACGGAUGAAAAAAUACACGACGUUGAAGGAGGUCUCUUGGAAGCUAUGGGGAAAGGUGGACGUGAAGACAGCAACGAGAGUGGUAGAGUGAAUGUGGAAAAAGAAGAUGAUGAAGAAGAAGAAGAAGAUGAUGAUGAUGAUCAAUACUCUUCAAACACACCUUAUAUUGAAACACUUACAAAAUCGCUAGAGGAUUACGGGACGCCGAAACAUAUACCAGAAAUCGAGUCACCGGCAGAUUCACCUUUGGGGUAUAACACUCUUGUUUCAAACUAUUCAUUAAAAUCUGGCCUAGCGAGGUUGAAUGUAGAUCAUUUAAAAGCCUUCCCUCCUCCAAACAAAGAUAUUUUGAAGCCUUUUGAUUAUAUCGAAAUUAUGAAUAAAACACUAACAGAUGCUGAUAUCGAAUUUAUUGCAAAUUUUUUUAGUUGGUCCUUGGAUUCUGUACAUACCGAAUAUCUGAAGGUUUUCAUCACACAUAUUCACCUCAACAUUAUACCCUUUUCUACUAACUAUACACAAAAUGCAUAUGUGAAGAUCUUUUUACAACAAGCAAAGCAGUCACCACAUCUACUCUUUGCAAUUUUGGCUAUUGCUGCACGGUACGAAGUUUACCAAAUUGAACAGCACCCUGAGAUCCAUCAGUAUGAGGAAAAACUCAACUACCAUAGAACUUAUCGGACAUAUUACAUAUCUUCUUGUCUGAAGGCAUUAGAAUCAAUUCUACAUUCAAGGCAAACAACAUUAGACAACAUAGAAUCUUUGUUGUUGACCAUCCAAGUGCUUGCCUCAGACUUUUCUGGUCAUAAAGGCUCUCAAUGGAGAACCCAUUUGCAUGGAGCUAAAGACUUAUUGAUAAAAUAUUGUCGCUACCGACCUUUAUCUCUUGAACUCACAAUAGUAUGGCUUUGGUUCCAUUCCAUGGAAGUAUUGGCAGCACUAACGUCGCCAUAUGGGGGAACUGUCCAUGAUUUUGAUGAGCUUGAUGAAUUCUUGUCGGUUUUAUGUCCUCAGAUGCCGCAGUAUAUGAAAGAUUUAGGUCGUGCUCAUGAGAUAUUCAGAGGUGAGAGUAAGCUCUUGAAACCCGGGAAAUUAACUUAUGCGUUGCGUUAUAUGGGUAUACUGGUUGACAGCAACAAAAACUCAGUCGACUCAAGGUUCAAUAUGUAUUUGGGCUAUGAUGAAACGUUACUCGAGGCUUUUAAUGCACUAAUUUAUGCAAUUGAGUGCAUUAGAGGAAGAGAAUCAGAAGCCAAACUAUCAGACACUUUCCAGAGAUAUGAGGGUAAAAUAAUGAAUGUGUCAGGGAAGUCUCUAAACUCUGAUUUUCUGCUGUCCCUGUUUAGUUUAAUAAAGAAGGCACGGAACUUUCAGUAUAUAAACAAUCAACCUCCGUAUAUUGUUCCUUUAGGCAUGGGUUCUCAUCCUUUUGAAAUAAUGAAAGAUCUCGAGGAUAAUGGAGAAAACGCCAACUCAAGACUGAAAGAUGUUUUGAUAUCAACCUACAUUCAUCCUUGUAAAGCACACAGAUCAAACGAUGAAACUGUUGAUGGUGGAGUGAAAAUGAGAGGCAGAAGCACCCAACAUCCAACUGAGUUGAGAAAAGAAGUUUUUUUCUCUUGGAUUGACCUUGCUCAGCAGCUAAAUACUGAUGCUGCAUUCUUAAGAUUGUUAACACUACAUAAAGGGAUUUGUGAAUAUGGAAUGAGUAUUAAAUCAUCUUUGGUGCAAGAAGUGGUCGGUAGAAUGAUUAUGGGACUAUACGGCCUGGUUAGGUUUAAGGAAGACGUUGCAGAAGAUAUAGACAGUGAUAGUAAGCUGAAAGAAUUAAAUGAUAGAUACCAAAUCAGAGAAUACAAGCAAGACAACGAACUUAAUGAAAAAUCCUUAAAGGGCCUCGCAGAUUGGCCGAGUUUUCAGUUUGAUAAAUACCUAAAUUAUCAGUUUGACAAUCGAUUGGUUAUGGUCCAAUGGCCACUAUAUGUUUGUGGUUUGUGUUGUAUAGAACCAAAGCAAAAGAUCAUCAUUGAAUGUUGUUUUGAUGGAUUAGUGGGUUUAGGAGUUGGAAGUGCCGAAUUGAGUUUUAAAAAGUUGAGAAAGAUUUGGAAACUGCAGAAUCUGGGUAAGUUUGACUUUGAACGAUAUAACCUCUUUGCGUACGGAUUUGACGAUGACGAGGAAGAUGAUUAUGUUCCAUUUAUGUGA